AUGGACAAGUCCUCUGCUCAUGGCACUUACCUGAACGGAAAGGUUGAAUCAGCGAGCAGCUCGAAGCGAGGAAGGGAUACGGUCGGGGACACAGAGAAGCCCGUGAAGAAGGAAAAGGCAGAUGGCCCAAUGAAAGUCAAACAUGUCCUCCUGAAAUUUAGCGGAGUGGCGGAUCCUGUGUCAGACAGAGAUCCCAAGGGCAAGGAAAUCAAGGCAAGAAGCAAGGCGGAUGCGAUUCGCCUUAUGAAGGGAUACCUGCGCGAUGUAAAACACGGGGAGAUAACUUUCGACCAGUUAACCGCAAGAGUCAGCGACAGUCAAAGUUACAAAGUAUUUGGAGAAAUGACGACGGAUGAAUUUGCCAACAUGCCUUCUUCGUUCAAGCGAAUAGCCGAAAAGCUGGCGGUGGGGUCACGGAGCGAAGCUUUCGACACAGAGAUGGGAGUCCAUGCUCUUUUGAGAAUAUCAUGA